AUGUUCGUCACUAUUCAAGACGGGAACCCCCUGUUUCAGGUCAACCUCGCCACACAAAUCCUUUGCUUCGUGAUUUUGACGCCUUUGGUUAUCUUGCGGCUUUUUGCUCGACGUAAGAUACACUAUAUUGGCGUGGAUGAUGUAACUUGUGUUCUCGCAUGGUUCUUCUUCAUGGGCUAUUGCAUAAAUGCGUUGUUCUAUGGGCUCUAUGGAGGGACUUACCCGGCCCACGAGCUAACGCAAGACGACCUUGAAACUUGCCUCAAGAUAACUUAUAUCGCUCCUAUCAUUUACGCACCAGCAGCACUCCUCCUCAAAACAAGUAUUCUAUACAUCCUGAUUAGGAUCUUCAAACCUUACCGCACGAAGCGAAUUAUCUUGUGGUGCUUCAUCGUCGCGAUAAUAUGCUACUAUACCAUAAUAGCAUUCGUCCACAUGUUUCUCUGCAACCCAAUCUCGGCCUACUGGAAGACCGCAGAUACUGAUGCCUCGUGCUUAAGCCUGCCGGCCGUGAUCAUGUCGGAUUCUGUUUUCGGCCUCGUGGUAGAUCUUGGAAUCUUCAUUUUCCCGAUAGUAUUUGUCUGGCCGUUGCAGAUACCAUUCGCUAAAAAGGUCAGACUGGUGCUCAUUCUUGGACUCGGAGUCAUCGCAGUUUCAUUUAGUCUGUAUCGGCUUAUUCUCAGCACUAAGACGCGAUACUCGUUUUUUGAGGCUACCAGUCUUAUGAGAACAAUCUGGACCGCGAAUGCUGAACUUGGUCUCGGAUUCAUCUGUGCCUGUCUUCCAGCCAUCAGCACCCUAUCCACUCGCGGUCAAGGAUGGCAAGGAUCGCGACCUAGUUCGGAAGGUUCGUUCCUUCAACGGGAGAAUAGUCCCGCCCAACCCCUCCAGACUGUCUUUCAAGGAUCUCAGUGGGGAGAUGUUGAUGUCGAAGCCCGAUCUUCUCGAAUUCCAAGGAUGUCUAGCUUGCCUCAACCGGGGCAGAUCUUGAAGAAGGUGUCGCUGAACCAGUACUGGCAGACUACCGUUGAAAGGUGGGAAUGGCCACAAUAG